AUGCAGAUCAUGGUUUGUUUGGCAUCCGUGUAUGGAGCGUGGACUAUCAGAGACAGAAAAUGGUAUUUUGAGGUUGAUAAAACGAGAGGAGGUAGAAUGUUCUACCUGCAGGAUGAUUGUAAACAUGAAGAGCUGGUUGAAAUGGUUGUGAACGACUACAUGUUGCAAGUUAAUGGCGAGCUGCUGGAGUUGUCAUAUCCAUUACCAGCUGCUAUGAUGGAGAAAUUGCCAACGGAUUCACCUCCUAUGUAUGUGACGAACGACAGACAAGUUGGGAGCUUGGUGGAGUUAUGUAAGGAGCAUGUGGUCCGUCUUUGCGUCUCGACCCGCGUUGGUAUGGGAAGGAACUACAACGAACCAAUACAUGAGUGUGUCCAAGAAGAAAAGUCUGAAGAGGUGGAUAAAGAAGACGUGGAAGAAGAAUUCGGUGAUGAAGGCUGGGAUGAUAACGAGUCUGAUGAUGUAAACUGGAAUGACAAAGCAUGGGAUGUAAAUUCAGAAGAUGAAUCUGAUGAUACUCAUGACAAUGAUAGUGCUGAUGAUGUCGACAACCCCGACGAUAUCGAUGCAGAUUAUAGUAAGUAUGGCAAGGUGAAAGAUGAGGAAGAGGGUGAAGAGAGUUUGUCUUUCCGUGAAAGGCUCCGUAGAGGUGUUUGGAAUGGUGGAAAUGGAGGGUUCACAGGCACUUGGUGUGACACUAUUCUGGUAAAUCACAGCUAUGCCUCUAAAGAAGCCCUUCUUUCUGAGUUGCGACUGACGGCUGUGAUGGCAAGAUUCGCAUUUAAAGUCUACAAGUCCACUACGGAUUUGUUUGUGGCAAAAUGUGUUGUCAAUGGAUGUGCAUGGAAGUUGAGAGCAGCUGUGAAGAAUGAACCGGAUUGCUUCUGGGUUACCAAAUUCGAUGAGGAUCAUGUUUGGCUGAAUCUUACCUAUACAACGUCAUACCGGGCUCUCAAAUUCGCUCAAGUAUUUGUCAGGGGAACUCCAGAAGAUGGAUAUGCUAACCUUCCUUCCUACCUUAGAAGACUGAAGCAAGCAAACCCUGGCACUAUAACACACCUGCUCUGUGAUGAAGAAGAUCGCUUCAAGUACUGUUUUGUGGCGUUAGCGGCUUCAACAGCGGGAUUUCAGUACUUGAAGAGGGUUAUUGUGGUUGAUGGAACACACCUUACUGGGAAAUACGGAGGCACAUUACUCGUGGCAUGUGGACAAGAUGCAAACUUUCAAGUAUUUCCUCUAGCAUAUGGUGUUGUUGAUGCGGAGACUAAUGAGUCUUGGGGAUGGUUUUUUGAUAAAUUACAGACUUGUUUCUCACCACAUCCGAUGGUCAUUGUUUCAGACAGAGCAUUGUCCAUUGAAAAUGCUUGUGUGAAUGUGCUUCCAUGGGUCACUAGAGGAAUAUGCUACUACCAUCUUCAGCAAAAUAUUAUCAAGACAUAUGGUGGUAAGGAGCUUAUGUAUCUGGUUAAAGGAGCUGCUUAUGCCCACACUCUAGCUGAAUAUAAUCGGUGCAUGGACUCACUAAGAGCUGCGCACCCAGAACCUCGCAGCAUACAUGGAGUUGGCCGACCCUAA